GGUCAUGUGACGUGCAGGAGCCGUGAGCGCGCAUCAGUCAGCGGCGUGCAGCGGCAGAAUGGAGUUCAGUCUGGCGGUGAUUUCAGUUCUGGUUCUGGUUCUGGACUCUUGCUGCUCUCAGAAUUAUGUCCUGACCGACGGGGACAAACUGGGGAGAGUUUUUGACGGGAUUGGAGGUCUGAGCGGCGGAGGGGCCACCUCUCGGUUGCUGGUGAAUUAUGCUGAGCCAUACCGCAGCCAGAUUCUGGAUUACCUUUUCAAGCCAAACUUUGGAGCCUCUUUGCACAUCCUGAAGGUGGAGAUAGGAGGAGACGCCCAGACGACUGAUGGAACAGAGCCGUCCUACAUGCACUACGACAACGAUGAGAACUACUUCAGAGGCUACGAGUGGUGGCUCAUGAAAGAAGCCAAGAAGAGGAACCCAAACAUCACACUCAUAGGCCUGCCCUGGGCGUUUCCUGGUUGGGUGGGCCGAGGCAGUAACUGGCCCUAUGACUACCCAGACAUCACUGCAGCUUAUGUGGUGAAGUGGAUCCUUGGUGCCAAGCAGUACCACGACUUGGACAUUCAAUAUGUUGGGAUUUGGAAUGAGCGAAGGUACAAUGCCAAGUACAUCAAGCUGCUGAGGUACACGUUGGAUAAGAGUGGUCUGGAGGGGGUCAGGAUCGUAGCCAGUGACAACCUGUGGGAGCCCAUUGUGGCGGCUCUGCUGCUAGACCCUGAGCUGAGCAGCGCUGUAGACGUGAUAGGAGCUCACUACCCCGGGACCAUCACCGUGACCGAAGCCUUGAAGACCCAGAAGAAGCUGUGGUCCUCAGAGGACUACAGCAGCUUCAACAAUGAGGUGGGAGGAGGCUGCUGGGCUCGCAUCCUGAACCAGAACUACGUCAACGGACUCAUGACUGCAACCAUCUCCUGGAACCUGGUGGCCAGUUACUACGAGGACCUGCCGUUCGGAAGAGAUGGUUUGAUGACGGCUGAGGAGCCCUGGAGUGGAAACUAUGUGGUGGAGUCUCCCAUCUGGAUCACAGCCCAUACCACCCAGUUCACCCAGCCAGGAUGGACGUACCUGCAGACUGUUGGACAUCUGGAACACGGUGGAAGUUAUGUAGCCCUGACUGAUGGGAAAGGGAACCUCACUGUCGUCAUAGAAACCAUGACUCAUGAUCAUUCCGUCUGCGUCAGACCUCCACUCCCACACUUCAAUGUGACAUCCCAGAAUGCAACUUUCCAGCUGAAGGGAUCACUUACUUCCAUUGAGGAACUCCAAGUAUGGAGAUCACAGUUUAACUUCAAGACUAAAAAGCCAUACUUCUUUGAAAAACUAGCUCCACUAAAGGUUUUAAAUGGAUCAUUUACCCUCAGUCUGGCUGAAGACGAGGUUUACACGCUGACUACGAUUAUCACAGGACAUAAGGGCAGCUACCCCGAGCCGCCUCCGUCAGCUCCUUUCCCCAAAGUCUAUAAGGACAACUUUGAUGUUUUAAACCCUCCCUUCUCUGAGGCUCCAGACUUUGCUGACCAAACGGGUGUGUUUGAGUACUACGUCAACCUUACUGACCCCGGGCCUCACCUGUUCACCUUAAGGCAGGUUGUGACCCAGAGACCCAUCACCUGGGUAGCAGAUGCUGACCAGACAAUCAGUGUCAUAGGAGACCAUCAGUGGCAGGACCUGACCGUUUCCUGUGAUAUCUUCAUGGAGAACAUUAAGACAGGUGGUGUGUUCGUAGCAGCCAGAGUGGAUAAGGGAGGCGAGUCGGUCCGCAGUGCUAAAGGAGUCUUCUUCUGGGUGUUUGCUGACGGCACCUACAGAGUUACCAAUGAUCUCGCUGGACAGACUGUGCUGGCAGAAGGACUGUCUGGUACUCAGGCUUUUGGUUGGUACACCUUAACACUCACUGUCCAGGGCCAGUAUGCAUCAGGCCUGCUGAAUGGAUACCCGCUGUGGAAGAACGCUGUGGUUCUGACACCAAAGCAUGGCUGGGCUGCCAUAGGAACACACUCAUUUGAACUGGCACAGUUUGAUAACUUUUCUGUGACAGCAGAGUAAUAAUUAGCAGCGAAGUAAUGAUUUAUAUGAGGCUGUGAAUGUUUGAAUUAAUUUAUUGACUUGACUCAUGUCUUGAUUUAACAGUUCCUUGUCCUAAACAUUUAUUUUCUCUGUUUGUAAGGACUGAAUGAGUUUGAAGACAUGAAAAGGCACAUGAUGUAAAAUAAUAUUCUGCACUCUGGAAUUGUACUGAUGAUUGUAAAUGAUUUUGUCAUGUGGGUUUUAUGUUUUGUUUUUUUUUCACUACCUUUCACUUUUUGGAAUGUACGUGUGCAGAUUGGGGCAGAAUGAGCCCAACUCAAUGGAAGUGUAAUAAAUAAAAGAAAAGUCUUUCAUAACUUAA